UCGUCAGAUCGUCGAGAAUGUUAACCGGGCUGCCCGUUUUUCUCUCGAUCGUUUUCGCGGUCAAUGUCUGGGUCUUGGGCCAUCAAACCGGCGCCAUCGAUUUUGGCUACCAUCCGAGUGCCGAGGAGUUCGACAGCCUAGUGCGCCAGAGCUGGAGUCGCGAUCUCCUCCAGCGUCGCGUCCAAGAUCGCCGAUUCGUCCCGCGCUACCAGCACCAGACCUCCAUUCGAUUCGCACCACCCGAGUUGGAAUUCCAGCUGUUCGAUCAGGAUUACGAUCGGGAUCAGCAGCACUCGCAGCCGUAUGUGUUUGAGUCCGUGGAGGAUAGUCAACCGGGAUCCUCCAUUUCCGAUCAAUUCCAUGUGCAGAGCGAACUGUUGGAGAUCAAGGAGCCGAGUCCGAGUCCCAGGCCCAAACCAAAGCCACAAGCCCCGGGAAACGGCACCACAUUUCCCAUAUACUUCACCCAUCCAACCACCGGGAUUGUCUACGCCAUCAGCCAAGUGGGAGUGGGUCAGAAUCCUAGUGUUACACCCACUCAAAGUCGCAACGAUAGCAAUGGCAUUGCCAUUUAUGUGACCAAGGCGCAAUACGAUGCCGAUCUGGAGAAUCUGCGCAGGCAGUAUGAACAGCAUUGCCAAUCUAUACCGCCUGGCACGGUUAUAUCCACUCUGAAUGCAGUGCAUAAUGGGGGGACCACCGCUAGACCUCAGAUCAUACGAUUGAAGAAGCCUCAAGACCCAGCGACCAAACCCAAUAAUAAGUUACCCAAGCCCAGUCAUCGACCACCACCUGUGAUGGUAACCAGUGGACCCAUCGAUCACGUCAACGAUCAGCUGCUCAAGCUGCCCCACCGCGGCAGCAGCACCACCACCAGCAUCAGCACCACUUCAAGGCCAAAUACGCGGAGAAAGAAGCGCAAGAAGAAACCAAAGAAUAAGACUAAGGUGACCAAAAAGAGGCCGGGUUAUGGGGGUAAUAAUACCAGAAAUCCCCAGGGUCCCCUGCCCAUUGUCUUGGGUAAGAGGCCCAGCACCACCAGCACAACCACGCGACCACCACCGGCUUAUACCCAAUUGGAGAAACCACAUAUGCCACAGGCCACGUUGCCCACGUCGAAUGUCUUUAGCCAGCAUCUACUUAGAACUGGCGAAGAGUCACCGGAAGAAAGUGUUUCACUGGAAGAACAGGAACCCCAUGAGGUGGUCGAACCACUAAAUCUUAGAAGACGGCGUUCGUCGGAAGAUUUGGCAGGGAGAAUCGAAGAAGUAGAGGGUGGCAAUAGAGCAGAACUAGUGGAACCACUUUAUCUCAAAAUACCAUCCUCUUUAAAGACACUGACUAAAACCCAAAUGCCUAAAAGUGUUUUUAAAAUGUCAAGGAAUAGAGGAUCAUCAAAAAACUCUAAGCGACAAGGUUCUGCGAAGAAUCUGGAAACAAAUGAGUACCUAGAAGAAACUGAAACUGAAACUCUUCACCCUAGACAUCGUCGCUCUUUGGAUAAGCCUUAUAAUUUGGAAAUUAGAAAAUCUUUAAAACAAGAAACUGAUGAAGCUUCAAAAGGAUUACAAAAGGUAGUAUCAAAGAAGUCACAAAAUAUAUUAUCAACGGGUCCCCAAAAUGAAGGGGCAGCACGACGAGUGAGUACGCCUAGAAGACGAUCCCCCAAGGGAAGCUCCAAAAAACGAAAGACCAAACAGGAACCACCACAAACCAGCCCUCAGAAAGAUAUGAACUCAGGUGGUGGGAUCCACCUACCCAUCGCUUUGCAUCUGCUCCAUAAAAAUCACAGCCGAGAUGAAACCCCCAAAGUAAACCUAAGUACCAACCAGAAAAAUAAAACUAAAACUAAAACAAAAACAAAAGAACGCAAGGGUGGUCGACCCGAGCUGCCCAGUUUCGAUAUAUUCCAACUCAUGUCCAAUGGGGACUACGAGGAUGAGGAGGAGGAGGACGAUGAUGACUACUAUUUCGAGGAUGGGGAGAAAAACAAGGACGGCCCAGCCCCCAAUCAAAGUGGCAGCACAGAGUCCCAGAGUGAUCUUAAGGAAGACAGCAGUUCCGCGGAGGAAGGUGCUGAUUUUGGAGCGAUGGUCGAGGAGGAAACAACAACCACAUCGACCAUAUCGAGCAGCGAGGAGGAGGAGGAUACCACCUCGAGCACCAAGAACUCUAUGGCCAAGAAGAAGAUUCGCAUCAAGAGGCGACCAGUGGAUUCCGAUGAGGACUACGACGAUGAGGAGGAAUCCGGAAUAGGUGGCUUCUUUCGCAUGAUCUUCUACCCCGUCCAAAUGGCCAUGUCGCGACUCAUGGAUGGCUUCGGCAGUCCCGAUGAGGAGGAUGACAAGGAGCCAGUCAGUCCACCCGUUUCGAAGUAUCCCAGCUAUACCCUCUAUCACAGUGCCCACAGCAAUGAAGCCUAUGCCGAGCCAGAGGAUGAGGAUGCGGAUGAUGACGAGGGCGACGACUCCUCGUCGCUGGGCAGCUGGUUUAGCUCCUGGUUUGGCCUGCAGCGACGCACCAAGAAGAUUGGCAGCACCACGACCACCACCACGAUGCCAGUGCCCUUGCCACCACCCACCAAGGAGCCACCCGGCUGGCUGGGGUCCUGGUUCGGAUUCGGAGGGACCACCACGGAGGCGGACGCCGAGGAUGACUAUGACAAAUGGUUUUCCAGCUGGUUCGAUUCGGGGCCGAAGCGAAAGGUCAGGCGUCGUUCCACCACCUCCACAUCGACCACCUCAACCACAACGACCACCCACACACCAUCGCCGGCUGCCCAGGUGCCCAUCCUGACCAUUGUGGAUCCACUGAGGAAUCCACAAAACUGGAUUGGCAUACUGGCCCAUCAUAUUGUCAAUUCUACUGGCAAUGCCAUCUCCACAACCACCAGUAAUCCGCUGCUCCAGGCGCUGGCCACUCGGAUGACCACCAGGGGAACCACUAGCACCACAACCACUACAUCGAGACCGGAGGGUCCCAGGCGCAUCAGCUAUGAUAAGUACCAGAUUUGGAGAUUAAAGCCGCAGGAUGAAGAGCAGGUUCGAGCGCUGGAGGAGUUCAAAAAGGGCGAGGACGGGGUAAAGAUGCACUGGCUCAAGGGGCCAAGUCUCAGAGGUCUCACAGAUGUCCUUGUGCCGCCCAAGAUGCUCGUAGACUUCCAGGGCACCCUGAACUACGAGGGCAUCGUCCACGAAGUGCUUAUGUUCGAUGUGGGCAAGGCCAUUGCCUACGAGCUGACCAAAGAGGAUUAUCUCCACACCACUCGUCCCUCAAAGCCGCGGCCCACUGUUCCGCCGCCCAUGACCUGGAAUCGCUACCACAACCACGAUGAGAUCAUCAAGUAUCUGGAAACGGUGCGCAUGCGUCACCCGCAACUUGUUGAGCUUAUCCACAUCGGUCGCUCCUACGAGGGCCGCCCCUUGAUUGUGGUGAAGAUCGAGUCCAAACAAUCGGCGGCGGCGGCGAAUAGCGAUGGUCUUCACACCAUCAAGCGACCCAAGCGGAAGCGGAAGUCGGGCCAGGCUAACGCCGUGUUCGUCGAGGCCGGAGCUCAGGGAUUGGCUUGGAUCGGACCAGCGACGGCCACCUGGAUGAUAGCAGAGCUGCUACGCCUGAUGAAGACAAACAAGACCAACGAGGAAGUGGAGUUCAUACGGAACACCACGUGGUACGUAAUGCCGGUUCUGAAUCCAGACGGAUACGCGUACAGCCACGAGUACGAUCGGUUCUGGAAGAAGUCGCGAUCGCAGCACCAGGCUCCGCCACCCAGUGGUCUCCUCGACUCGGCGAUGACGUGGCUCCAGCAGAAGCGGGAUCCCGACAAGGUAUGUUUCGGUGUGGAUCUGGACAGGAACUGGCUGUACCAUUGGGGCAAGCGGGGCAGCUCCAAGGCGCCCUGCAACGAGUUCUAUGCAGGUCCUGCGCCAUUUUCCGAACCGGAAACCAAAGCUGUCUCCGAAUUCCUCAUGGACUAUAGAACGCAGAUUAAGCUGUAUAUAUCCCUACAGGCCUAUGGCCAGGUGAUUUCCUAUCCGGUCAAGGCCAAUUCCACAUUCAAUUCAGAAAGAUUGGAUGAUUUUCUGGAUGUGGCAAUGGUGGGGACUGAUGGAUUGCGCAAGAAGGGCAGUAAAUCCCGAUAUAAGGUCGACGCAUCCAACGAUCUGAUUGAGCAGCGUUCGGGCUGUGCGGAUGCCUUUGCCGCCUACGAAAUCGGAAUUCCCUUCAGCUACACACUUCAGCUGGCGGACAAUGGAGUGCAUGGCUAUCUGCUGCCCAGCAGCGCCAUCGAGCCCACGGCUCGGGAUGCCUUCGAGAUCAUAAGCGGCAUGCUGGAUUAUAUUUGAGACUCCAUUUUGGAUGGGGGUACCAACAGCGGGAGCCUUGGGGAUUCUGGUUGGGGGCUACAUGUGAAAAAGUUUUAGUUCCUUUUUAACGGGCUUUGGCGGCUUGUGUUCCGGAGAUCCCUCGCCACAUUUCCGGAAUACAUUCUCCAAUAAUAUUACCUGCAU